CCUUUAUUCUGUACUGCAAGUCACAUACUAGGAAGCUGUAAGUUUCUGAAGGUCUUUCACACUUUUAGCUUCUCUACCAUGGCUUCCAUUGAUAAGACUUUUGGGGUUUCCCUCUUGACUUGUAUCCUGCUCCUUCUAAACUGUGCACAGGCUGGAAAGAUCCUAGUGGUACCGGUAGAAGGAAGCCAUUGGAUUAACAUCAAAAUCCUCAUGAUGGAGCUGGUGCAGAAAGGACACGAGAUGACCGUUCUUAGACCCUCAACCAGUCUUUACAUUGAGGAGACUUCUGAAGACUACAAGGUGCUAACGGUACCCAUGUCUAUGCAACAAGGUACGAGCAGGAAGGAGUUUGAAGAAUAUGCCUUGAACUGGAUUUUCCAACAAGCUUUUACCAAGCAUGGGUCAUCCUUCUCCGUGGCAUGGGAGUUCAUCCAGGCCCUCCAGACAGGCACACAGAUGUCCACAGUUGCCAUUCGGGCUUUAUUUGAGAAUCAGGAGAUUCUGAAAGGUCUGAGGAAUGGUGAUUUUGAUGUGAUUCUUGGUGACCCAUAUAACGUAGCAGGGGUAAUGUUGGCUUAUUACUUGAAGCUUCCCAUAGUAUUCUUUGGAAGGUGGAUGCCCACAGAGGACAUCCAUUUUGCUAUUGCACCCUCCCCGCUCUCCUAUGUGCCUGUUAUAAACUCCAGAGUAACAGACAGAAUGGUUUUCUCGGAAAGGGUUAAAAAUGUGUUGAUCUAUUACUCAUACCUGGCCGCCAGCCACCUCCUGAUAUACCCAGCCUAUGACAAGUUGGUUCAGCGCUAUCUUAACACCGAUGUCAGUGUGUUCGACAUGUACAAGAAGGCCGACAUCUACCUCAUGAAAGUUGACUUUGUAUUUGAGUUCCCACGGCCGACCAUGCCUAAUGCCGUGUAUAUUGGUGGCUUCCAGUGCAAGGCCCCAAAGCCUCUCGCCAAAGAGAUCCAAGACUUCAUGUAUAAUUCAGAGCACGGCAUUGUGGUCUUCUCCUUGGGGACCAUCGUUAGGACACUGCCACUUAACAUUGCCAGAGAGAUUGCUGCCGGCUUAGCUCAACUGAAGGAACGGGUAAUUUGGCGUUACUCUGGAGAGCCCUUGGACACCCUUGGAAAUAACACUAAGACUGUGGAUUGGCUUCCACAAAACGAUCUUCUCAGUCACCCCAAGACCAAGGUUUUCCUAGCACACGGUGGGGAAAAUGGCAUCUAUGAGGCUAUUUGUCAUGGUGUUCCCGUAGUGGGGUUCCCACUCUUUGGUGACCAGUAUGAAAAUAUCCUUCGUCUGAAAACCCGAGGAGCUGCUGUCCUCCUGGAGAACACACAAGACAUCACAGCCCAGGAUAUAUACAGUGCUAUACGCCUGGUUAUCGAUGACCCUUCCUACAGCCAGGCCAUGAAGCAUCUCUCAGAACUGCACCAUGAUACACCUGUUCCACCAAGAGACUUGGCCGUGUUUUGGACUGAAUUUGUCAUACGCCACAGAGGAGCUGGACAUCUGCAGGCUGCAGGCCAUGACCUUCCAUGGUACCAAUAUUAUCUCCUUGAUGUUACUGCUGUUCUUCUUCUAGGACUUCUUCUGUGCUCUUAUCUGAUGUAUAAAUUCUUCAGAGCUGUGCUAAGAACCUGCUGUGGGAGGAAAGACAGAAGGAAGCAGAAGAGAUCUUAACAUCAAGAUUAUGGUGUUCAUCUGAACUAUAAGGUGACCUGCACAUGG